UAUGUAUAUUCAAUUAUGCGGGUUUAAAAUUACUCGGACCAGUAGCAUGUUCGGUUACCGGUCGAACCGGUCCGACCGGUCGGUCCGAUCCGGUUUUAACAACAUAGGUCUACACAAUGGAACUUAGGGACCCUGCCUUGCCGUCGACCGGUGGAGCCUAAACCCUAAACUCUAAACCCCCUAAAUCAAAGAGUUGUCGCUGUUGUUUUAUUGUUCUUCCUUGCUCUCCCUUUCGCAAAUUCUCGGCCUUGAGUAAAAUCUGCAAUUCCUCGGCCACCGAUCACGAUGUAUCGGACUCUUCUCCGUCACCUCCGGCGAACCAGAAUCACUGGUGGCAAAGCCGGUGCCCAGACUGUAUCCAACAGCUUGCCUCAGAAUCCUAAUUAUACCAUUCCAGUAAGAGCAUAUGCGUUCUCAUCUGCCGAGGAAGCUGCGGCCGAGCGCCGCCGCAGAAAGCGACGGCUGCGAAUCGAACCGCCUAUGUGGGCACUCCGACGAGACCCUGCAUCCAGUUUCCAGCCAGGUGGCAAUCCUAGACCGCAGGGUCCUCCACUUCCGGAUGGCACCUCUGCCCUUACCGGUCCUCGUCUUAACCUUCACAAUCGCGUCCAAUCCCUAAUUCGCGCUGGAGAUCUCGAUUCCGCCUCCGCCGUAGCUCGUCAGGCUGUUUUCUCUAAAGUGCGUCCGACUGUGUUUACCUGCAAUGCUAUUAUUGCUGCCAUGUAUCGUGGUGGUCGGCACACUGAUUCCAUUAGCCUCUUUCAGUACUUCUUUAACCAGUCAUCUAUUAUCCCCAAUAUAGUCUCUUACAACUAUCUCAUCCUUGCCCACUUUGGGAACGGCGACGUGGACUCGGCAAUUGGUACUUACCAUCAAAUCCUGGAAGUGGCUCCUUUUAGUCCCUCAUGUUUUACCUAUCGGAAUCUAACCAAAGGUCUGAUUGAAGCUGGCCGGAUUAAUGAUGCCGUGGAUAUGCUCCGGGAGAUGUUGAAUAAAGGCCAAGGUGCGGACUCUUUAGUAUACAAUAAUUUAAUUUCUGGGUUUUUAGAAUUGGGAAAUUUGGAAAGGGCAACUGAAUUGUUUGAGGAGUUGCAGGAGAGAUGCACUGUCUUUGAUGGGGUAGUCAGCGCCGCGUUUAUGGACUGGUAUUUUAAGCAAGGGAAGAAGAAAGAGGCUAUGGAGGCUUAUAGGUAUCUCCUGAGUAAGCAAUUCAGGAUGGUGCCAGCCACUUGUAAUGUGCUUUUGGAAGUCUUGGUGAGACAUGGGAUGGAAAAGGAUGCAUGGUCUUUGUUCAAUGAUAUGUUGGAUAAUCAUACUCCUCCCACAUUUCAGGCAGUGAAUUCUGACACUUUUAAUAUAAUGGUGAAUGAGUGUUUUAGGUUGGGAAAGGUAUCAGAGGCUAUCGAUGUGUUUAAAAGGGUUGGGAAGGGGGCAAAGUCACGGCCUUUUGCUAUGGACGUUGCAGGGUUUAACAAUAUUAUUGCUAGAUUAUGUGAAGUGGAUAUGUUUGAGGAGGCAGAAGGAUAUCUUGCUCAGUUGCAAAGCAAAUCUCUGUCUCCCGAUGUUACCAGUUAUAGGACUUUCAUUGAUGCUUAUGUUAGGGCAGAGAAGGUAGAGGAAGCAUUGGAGAAGUAUAGAGAUAUGGUGGUGGCUGGCCUGAGAGUCAUUCCUUGUUAUGCGAAUAAGUGGUUUAGUUUCCUGAUUGAGGAAGGGAAAGUGACUGAUUGUCUACCCAUUCUGAUGAAGAUGUGUGAUAGAGAACCUAAACCGGAUGUUAGUACCUUUGAGGUUGUGAUCAGGGGCCUAUGUGAAAUGGGUAAGCUGGAUGGCUGCAGUUAUGCCGUGGCUCAGAUGAUGCAUUAUGGUGUUGGUCUGACCCCUGGACUCAAGCAAUAUCUGCUGGAUGUGUUUGAGAAGCAAGGGAAACUUGAGACCAUUCAGAAUAUUGUGGAUUCCAAAUUUCUACCCCCACAGAUGCAGCCUCCAGAAUGGUUUGUCGCAUUAAAAAGUCCUCCAAACGACGGUCAUCUAUCACUUUUCCCUCCUGGGCCAUUGAAGAAAGAUGCAGCUGCUGCAGGCCAACCAACCGGCCAGAGAAUGCCUUGGCAGGCACCUUCUUCACCUCAAUUCUCAAGGUCUGGUGGUCCUACCCAGACUUUGUGGCAGUCUCAAGUUUCCUCUUCAGUGCCGGAGGCAGCCUCAAUAGGAACUUCUCAUUUACCAUCUCAGUCAUCAUUUUCUAAUGCCCAAGUUCCUGGAGCUUCUCAAUGGCAGAGACCAAUGUCCGCUCCAUCGCCAGGUCAAGGAUCAGGAGGAGCAUCUCACAUUCCUUGGCAAGUAUCAUCCACUGCUGAUCUAGAUCCUAGAGUGAGUUCUCAAGUCUCAUGGCAGAACUCAGCUUCCUCUCAAUAUCAGGGCCAAGCAUCACCAGUAUCACAAAUGCCACUGCAGUCAUCGUAUGGUGGUCCGAAUUCCAGUGCAUCUCAAGAGCCAUGGCAUGCUUCAGUUUCCCCUCAAGUGCACCAAAAUUCAUCCAGUUCCUCUUACUCCUGGGGACAAUCAGCUGGGUUUUCUCAAAAGCAGUGGCAGACAUCUCCUCCAUCAAUGCCUCGACAAUCAGGAGCAUCAUCUACGAUUCCUAGUUCUGGUGCAUCUCAACCUUCAUGGCAGCCUUCUAACCCGUCAUGGCAGCCUUCAGUUUCUCCUCAAGCUCCCCCAUAUUCAUCAAUCUCCUCAAACUCUGGUGGACAAUCAAAUGGUUUUUCUCAAACUUCAUGGCAGACAUCUCACUCAAGAAUGUCUGAAGAAGCUGCAACACCUCCUCAUAUGUCAGAUGACAGCACCUGGCGAAAUGAGCAAUAUUAGUAACUGAAUGGCCGUAAUAAUGAAGUACCUAGUAAGUGCCAAUCAAGUGGGAAUUAGAUUAUGUUAUUUGGUGGAUAGAAAGUUAACUUACUUCAAUGGCUAUUGAAGAACUUGCAUCAGGACUUCCACCUGAAGCUUGAGAAAAGCUAAAAUUUGCUUGAGAGCUUGAGAGCUUCUGGUGAUUGAUAUUUAUGAAUGCUAAAAGUUGCUCCCUCUAAUGAAUAUAAUGGAGUGAAUGACCAAUUUCCCUGGUUCUUCUCUUGGUUCUUACUGAAUCAUUGUAGCGGUAAAAAAGCUGGCGACUUUAUGAAUCUGGCUGGUCUACUUUUUGGAGCAAGUUGCUAGGGAAUUUUGAUGUUUGCUCAUCCUUCUGUGUGGGAUGAUUUAAAGACACACCACAGUGCUCGUUAUGACCAUUCAUUGUCUCUAGCUGGUGAAAGAGCAUCGUCUCCAGUUUCCUGGUGAAGUUGCUGUUUCUGUUUUUUUUUCCCCCUCUUAACAGUAUGCAGUUAGAUUUUCUUGCUUUCCUUUUAUUGUUGGUCAUGGAGUUGAAAUAAAUAGGCAUUGCUCAGUUCUUGAUGAGGCCCUGGAGUUUCAGGAGAAAUUUUUAAGGAUAUGCAUGAUUUUGUCUAGUAAACUUGCACAUAAUUAUUAUGUAAUGAUGAUUGAUGCACACACAUCGGGGUUCAUUCAAUUGUUUCGAUUUCUGAUGCCAUUCACGAAAAUUGUGCUUGAAUCAAUCAGAUCCUUGUGUCAACCAUUUCACUGUUCACCAAUCAAUAAGGUUGCAAAAACUUCUGAUUUUUCGAACUGG